AUGCCUGUGAGAAGAGGUCACGUUGCGCCACAAAACACAUUCCUUGGAUUAAUUAUCCGGAAAUUCGAGGGGCAGAAUCGGAAAUUUCUGAUAGCCAAUGCCAGGGUGGAGAACUGUGCAAUCAUAUACUGCAACGAUGGCUUCUGCGAGAUGACGGGCUUCUCCAGAUCGGACAUCAUGCAGAAGCCGUGCACCUGUGACUUCCUGCACGGUGACCUGACGGACAAAGAGGCCAUCAGCCUGGUGUCCCAGGCUGUGCUGGGGUCCGAGGAGCGCAAGGUGGAGAUCACCUACUACCGCAAGGAUGGUACUGACUUCCAGUGUAACACUCACAUAAUCCCAGUGAAGAACGAGGAGGGCCUGGUGAUGAUGUUCAUCCUAAACUUUGACUACGUGCUGGAUGAAGGAAGUGACAGCUCCACGGAGAAGAUAAGCCCCGCCUCCCCAACGAAGUCAGACCAAAGGACGAGCAGAUUCUUCCGCUUCCGUCAGGCCGCUUUGAGCCUAAUGAACACUAAGCAGUCUCUUCCGCAAGAGGACCCAGACGCCGUGAUGGUGGACUCACCCAAAGAGAACCAGAACUCGGUGGCCCUGCAGAACCUCCCCUCACCCGCCAAGAGCGUUUGCAGUCCCAUCGAGGCGAACGACACGCACGCCCUCAUAAGCUCCAGCCGCCAUUCUUCCCAGGCGAGCGUCGGUCCGGAGCCACUUGACCAUUCAUCCCCUAAACUCCUCUGGGAGAAGCUGUACCAGAUGGAGGCGCACCAGUCCACCACCUCCCUGUCCAACACCUUCCCCAGAGGCAGCAUCAGCAGCAUGAGGCGAGCCUCGUCUGUCCAUGAAAUCGAGGCCUAUAGCUCCAAUUCCAAAGGCGUUUUCAGGGAUCGACAUUCCAAUGAAGGCCCUUUUAAUCACGUGAAGUCCAGCCGGCUUGGCUCUACUUCUGAUUCGAACAUCAACAAGUACAGCACCAUCCACAAGAUCCCCCUGAUUGCACUCAACUUCUCUGAGGGGGCCGACAAAAAGACUCACUCUCCGCCAACAUCGGAGAAAACCAUCAUCGCACCAAAGGUCAAAGACAGAACUCACAACGUCACGGAAAAAGUCACACAGGUCCUGUCGCUCGGAGCCGACGUCCUGCCCGAGUACAAACUCCAGACAUCCCGCAUUGACAAGUUCACCAUCCUCCACUACAGCCCCUUCAAAGCCGUGUGGGACUGGCUCAUCCUGCUGCUGGUCAUUUACACAGCAAUCCUCACUCCCUACUCUGCAGCUUUCCUCCUCAACGACCAGGAGGAGCAGAAGAGGCGUCAUUGCGGUUACUCCUGCAGCCCCCUCAACGUGGUGGACUUAAUGGUGGACAUAAUGUUCAUCAUCGACAUCCUCAUCAACUUCAGGACCACUUACGUAAACGUGAACGAGGAGGUGGUCAGCCAUCCAGCUAAGAUAGCGAUCCAUUACUUUAAAGGCUGGUUCCUUAUAGACAUGGUGGCUGCAAUCCCCUUUGACCUUCUUAUCUUUGGCUCAGGAUCGGAUGAGACCACCACUCUGAUUGGCCUGCUGAAGACAGCCAGGCUCCUGCGAUUGGUGCGUGUAGCCAGGAAGCUGGACCGCUACUCUGAGUAUGGAGCCGCAGUCCUCAUGUUGCUCAUGUGCAUCUUUGCGCUCAUCGCCCACUGGCUGGCCUGUAUAUGGUACGCCAUUGGCAACGUGGAGAAGCCCUAUUUGGAGCACAAGAUUGGCUGGCUGGACAAUCUGGGCGUGUCCAUAGGAAAGAGAUACAACUACAGCGACCCCAGCUCUGGUCCGUCUAUCAAGGACAAGUAUGUCACAGCACUUUACUUCACCUUCAGCAGUCUGACCAGCGUGGGCUUUGGAAAUGUUUCCCCGAACACCAACUCGGAGAAGAUCUUUUCCAUCUGCGUUAUGCUGAUUGGCUCCCUAAUGUACGCCAGCAUCUUCGGAAACGUCUCCGCCAUCAUCCAGAGGCUGUACUCAGGUACGGCUCGUUAUCAUGCUCAGAUGUUGAGGGUCAAGGAGUUCAUCCGCUUUCACCAGAUUCCCAACCCGCUGAGACAAAGGCUGGAGGAGUACUUCCAACACUCAUGGACCUACACCAACGGCAUUGAUAUGAACACGGAGGUGUUAAAAGGUUUUCCUGAGUGCCUGCAGGCAGACAUCUGCCUUCACCUCAACAACAGUCUUCUUCAGGACUGCAAAGCGUUCGAGGGAGCCACCAAAGGCUGCUUGAGGGCCCUCGCCAUGCGCUUCAAAACCACUCACGCCCCUCCUGGGGACACGCUGGUUCACAGUGGCGAUGUGCUCACCGCGCUCUACUUCAUGUCCCGCGGCUCCAUCGAGAUCCUGAAAGACGACAUCGUGGUUGCCAUCCUGGGGAAAAAUGACAUCUUUGGAGAAAUGAUCCAUCUGUUGGCCAAACCUGGGAAGUCCAGCUCCGACGUGCGAGCUCUAAGCUACUGUGACCUGAGCACCAUUCAGAGAGAGGAUCUGCUGGAGGUGCUGGACAUGUACCCGGAGUUCGCCGACUGCUUCCUCAACAACCUGGAGCUGACCUUUAACCUCAGAGACGAGGCUGUCCAGGCUUCAGGUUCCCAAGACUGUGAGUCAGAUGGCGAGGCCACUAAGAGCAUUAAGAGGAGAAUCUCCUUCACACCAGAUCUCUCCACAGGGGACAACAAGGAAGUGGUUAAGGAUGUGGGAGGAGAGAGGGAGUCGAACUUGUGCCUAAAGAGUUGCUCAGGAGUCCUGCGUCCCUCCUCACCCAAUCCCCCAGUCCUGGACACAGAGCUGAUUGUCAGAGACAGCCGGGGGAGAAAUGCAUCCUUUGAAGAUCUCCGCUGUGAUAAAUGGGCCUGUAAGAAGCCUGCAGACUACCUGGAUGAGUCAGCACAGUUCCAGGACCUGAGAGAGGAGGAUCAUUCUGCCAGCGAAAUCACGUACGGAGAGGUGGACCAGCGCUUAAGUCAGCUGCAGGAGCACUUAAACAGGAUGGAGUCCCAGAUGAUGUCGGACAUCCAGACCAUCCUGCAGCUGCUGCAGAGACAGCCGACUCUGGGACCUCCAGCCUAUAGCACUGUGACUGCCAGUCCAGACUAUCACAGACCUGCUGUGAAGGUUCAGCCAGUUGCUCUGCCCGCAAACCAUUUCUUCAGUCAUACAGCAACUCAAGGCCCCAACCACCAACUGGAGAACGUCAUUCAGGAAUCCAAAGACUCUCUGUCGAGCUUGGCCACCACGAAUGCACCCAUGGAGGACAGUCUCACAGCACUGCUUCAAGAACAAGAACAACAACAACAACAACAACAGCAGCAGACCACAGGCCAUCAACAGUCUGCACUGAUCCUUCUUCAAACUGAAACGUCCUCCUCCUCUUCCUCCCCACCUCUUCCCGACUCCAACCUCAACACGGCUGGACUCCAUAGACAUGUCUCAGACCCGGAGCUACCAGGACAAUGA